AGGCUCCGUUACCCUGUGCCCCUGGUCGCGCGCGCCCCAAGGAAGCGUGCCGCUGGUGACCCUCCUGGGUGUAACCCCCUUUUGCUUUGCCCGGGCCUCCCCAGCCCGCGCGCCCCUGGACGCCCCCGCGCCGAUGCUCUCGCUGGCGAUGCGCCGGCGCGCUCUGAGCCUUGCGGCGCUCGCCGCCGCCGUUGCCCUGUGCCGCGGGCGGCUGCUUGAGGCCCUGCGGCGGCUGCUCGCCGCAGCGCUGCGGAGACUCGAGGAGCCGGGGGCCCUGGCGCCGGCCGCCUCGCCCGGUCGGCCGCUGCGCAUCGCGGGCUUCGAGCAGGUGUCGCCGGCGCCCGCCGCGGCCCUCGGGCAGCAGGCGCCCGGGGCCCUGCCCGGCACGCCGAGGUCGCAGGCCGUGCCACUGUCUGGGCGCUCGGCGUGCUCGGAGGCCUCGGAACCUCGCAAGCUGCAGUGGUCCGCGCGCUCGAACGCGAGCCGCGGGUCUGCGCGCUCCGAGGCGUCGCAGAAGAUCAUCGGCGAGCUGAUGGCGGAGGUGCAGCGGCUGAAGGCGGAGCGCCCGGGCGAGGCGCCAGCCCCCGACUCCGCCAGGUCCCACAGGUCUGCGGGGUCCGAGGCGGCGAUCCAGGGCCUCCAGGCAGAGGUCCAGCGGCUCCGAGGCGAGCGGGACGUCGAGAGGCGCAGGCGGGAGGACGUGGAGCGGGUCUCUUCCAACCGCUUUUCGCAGCUCGAGGGCAUGAUCGCCGACCUGCACUCGGAGCUUCAGGUUCAGCCCGUGCUUGUGCGGAAUAGGUCUUUGGCUCCACUCCCCCUUCAGAUGGCAGUCGCACUUCCUGCCACGUCCUCCCUCCUCCUCUCUGCUGCUGCUGCUGCCGCUGCUGCCGCUGCUGCCGCUGCUGCUGCU